GGGCUGUCGGCCAUUUUGUGAAGCGGCGAAAGAGGUGGUGGCUGCUGUGGGCUCCGGGAAGCCGUUCGGGCUGGGGCUGUCGGCCGCGGGGCGGAGGCACUCGCGCGGGGGGUAACUCGGGUCUGGGUUCGGGUGCCGCGCAGCUCUCGCCGAUGGCCCACUGUGUGACCUUGGUUCAGCUAUCCAUUUCCUGUGACCACCUCAUUGACAAGGACAUCGGCUCCAAGUCUGACCCACUCUGCGUCCUUUUACAGGAUGUGGGAGGGGGCAGCUGGGCUGAGCUUGGCCGAACUGAGCGAGUACGGAACUGCUCGAGCCCCGAGUUCUCCAAGACCCUGCAGCUUGAGUACCACUUUGAAACAGUCCAGAAGCUCCGAUUUGGCAUUUAUGACAUAGACAACAAGACACCUGAGCUGGGGGAUGAUGACUUCCUAGGAGGGGCUGAGUGUUCCCUAGGACAGAUUGUGUCCAGCCAUAUAAUAACUCUACCCUUGAUGCUGAAGCCUGGAAAACCUGCUGGGCGGGGGACCAUCACGGUAUCUGCUCAAGAGAUGAAGGAUAAUCGUAUAGUGACCAUGGAGGUGGAGGCCAGAAACCUAGAUAAGAAGGACUUCCUGGGGAAAUCGGACCCGUUCUUGGAGUUCUUCUGUCAGGGUGAUGGGAAAUGGCACCUGGCAUACAGAUCUGAGGUAAUCAAGAACAACUUGAACCCUACAUGGAAGCGCUUCUCUGUUCCCCUUCAGCAUUUCUGUGGGGGAGACCCCAGCACACCCAUCCAGGUGCGAUGCUCAGACUAUGACAGUGAUGGUUCACAUGAUCUCAUUGGUACCUUCUACACCAGCUUGGCCCAGCUGCAAGCAGUUCCGGCUGAGUUUGAAUGUAUCCACCCUGAGAAACAGCAGAAAAAGAAAAGCUACAAGAACUCUGGGACUGUUUGUGUCAAGAUUUGCCAGGUAGAAACACAGUAUUCAUUCCUGGACUAUGUGAUGGGAGGCUGUCAAAUCAACUUCACUGUAGGCAUUGACUUCACGGGCUCCAAUGGAGAUCCUUCCUCCCCGGACUCCCUGCACUACCUGAGCCCAACAGGGGUCAACGAGUACCUGACAGCACUGUGGAGUGUGGGCAGUGUGAUUCAGGACUAUGACUCGGACAAGCUAUUCCCAGCAUUUGGAUUUGGGGCCCAGGUACCCCCCGAUUGGCAGGUCUCCCAUGAAUUUGCCUUGAACUUCAACCCCAGUAACCCCUACUGCCCAGGCAUCCAGGGCAUUGUGGAUGCUUACCGCCAGGCCCUGCCCCAAGUUCGCCUCUAUGGCCCCACCAACUUUGCACCCAUCAUCAACCAUGUGGCCAGGUUGGCAACCCAGGCUGCACAUCAGAGGACUGCCUCGCAAUACUUGGUGCUGUUGCUGCUGACUGACGGCGCUGUGACAGAUGUGGAGGCUACACGUGAGGCUGUGGUGCGUGCCUCCUACCUGCCCAUGUCAGUGAUCAUCAUGGGUGUGGGUGGUGCUGACUUCGAGGCCAUGGAGCAGCUGGAUGCUGAUGAUGGGCCCCUGCGUGCACGCUCCGGGGAGGCAGCUGCCCGUGACAUAGUGCAGUUCGUGCCCUACCGCCGCUUCCAGAAUGCCCCUCGGGAGACACUGGCACAGACUGUGCUCGCAGAAAUACCCACACAACUGGUCUCCUACUUCAAGGCCCAAGGUUGGGCCCCAUUCAAGCCACUUCCACCCCCAGCCAAGAGCCCUGCACAGGCUCCUCAGGCCUAGAUUCCCUUAGAGGGUGGGCUAUGGCUCGUCCUCAGCCUUGUGUACCCAAGGUCCCUGUGGGCAUGGCUCAAUCCUGCACACAUUGCCCAGUGCUGCACUUUACAUUUUAUACUUUUAUAUUUGCUCUUGCUGUUCCUCUUGAUCCCUCUUGCUUGCCCCUGGAAUCCUUCAUUUAAUAAAGAUCAGUGAA